AUGUUGUCGACAUUACUGUUAUACCUGUCAGCUUGCCUGUGGCUGGGCUUUAGCUCAGUGACGGCCGCAGAAGAUGCCUUUGUGACAAAAUGCCUUGGGUUCGGAGAUCGUAUUAAUCUUCCCCAUGUUACUGUCAAUUUUGCAUCCUAUAUUCCUGGGGGCACUAAUCUGUCUCUGGCGGAUAGUCCCCCCUCCUGUGGUGAGAGCAGUCAGCAGGUAUUGACAGAUACAUGCCGUGUGGCAAUGGCAGUCACUACAUCGAACAGGAGUCAGAUUACAUUGGAAGCAUGGUUUCCGAGGAACUACACCGGGCGCUUUCUGAGUACAGGAAAUGGAGGAAUCUCUGGAUGUAUUCAAUAUUAUGACUUGGCCUAUACUGCAUCUUUGGGUUUCGCCACCGUUGGCGCCAAUAAUGGCCACAACGGUACUUCUGGUGAAGCAUUUUAUAAAAACCCCGAUGUUGUCGAGGACUUUGCCUGGAGAUCUUUGUAUACCGGGGUCGACGUAGGCAAGAAGUUGACCGACCAAUUCUAUGAUGAGGGAUUUAACAGGUCCUAUUAUCUGGGAUGCUCGACUGGUGGACGUCAGGGUUGGAAGAUGGUUCAGAGCUUUCCUGAUCUCUUCGAUGGCGUACUAGUCGGCUCACCAGCGUUCAAUUUCGUCAACCUGAUUUCAUGGAGCGGCCACUUUUAUCCGUUGACUGGGACAUCGAAUGCCUCGACAUUCGUAACCCCGGCACAAUGGGCAGCUGUGGGCGAGCUGGUCCUUGAUCAAUGCGAUGGUCUUGACGGUGCCAAGGACGGCAUUAUAGAGGACCCGGAUUUCUGCUUCCCCAAGAUUGACAGCCUUGGAUGUGCUUCUAAUAAUACUACCACCUCAACAUGCCUGUCUGAUGCCCAGCUUCAUACCGUCAAAUCAACAUAUCAACCUCUCCGUGGAGUCCACGGUGAAGCUCUCUACCCACGCAUGCAACCAGGCGUCGAGGCCGAAGAAGCCUAUAUUAUGUACGGUGGUCAGCCAUUCUCUUACAGCACUGAUUGGUACCGUUACGUGGUCUAUAGCAACCCGGAAUGGGAUCCUCUUAGCCUCACCUCCAAAGAUGCCGAGGCUGCUUUAGCCCAAAACCCGUUCGAUAUCGAAACAUGGAAUGGAGAUCUAGAGCCAUUCCGCAAAGCCGGUGGCAAAGUAUUGACGUACCACGGAAUGGCCGAUCAAAUAAUCAGUUCUGAUAUUUCAAAAACAUACUACGAUCGGGUAUCGGAGACUAUGAACCUGAAAUCCUCUCAGUUGGAUGAGUUUUAUAGAUAUUUCCGGAUCAGCGGGAUGGGCCACUGUGGAGGGGGUGAUGGAGCAACUGCAAUAGGCAAUCAGUUGACUUAUUUAACAAGCCUCGAUCCCCAGGACAAUGUGUUGAUGGCACUAGUUCAAUGGGUGGAAAAGAGCAUUGCCCCCGAAUUUGUCAGAGGCAGCUCGGUGGCGGCUAAUGGGUCUGUGGAGUGGUCUCGCAAGCACUGCAAGUAUCCUGAACACAACAUCUAUGUUGGACCGGGAAAUUACACGGAUGAAAAUGCGUGGAAGUGUGUCGACUGA